CUAUACCAGUAAAAAAUCAACUGCACUGAAAUCGAAAUAUUUAAUACGCUCAUUGAUUGCGAGAUAUUUGCUGUAAACUGUCUUCUCCAUCAAAAGAAAUCAUGGGAGUCUUUACUGAUGAAAAGAUUAUGGACAAAGACGGGAAUUUAGUGGACGCUGAGCCAGAAUUAACUGGCAAGGUGAUUUUGGUGUAUUUCUCAGCUCAUUGGUGUCCGCCAUGUCGUGGCUUCACUCCAAUGCUGAAAGAUUGCUACGAGGAUUUGGAAGGCAAACCCUUAGCCAUCGUGUUUGUGUCAUCUGACAGGUCUAAAGAAGAGAUGGAUAGCUAUUAUAAGGAAAGCCAUGGAGAAUGGUAUCGCGCACAGCAUGGAAGUGAAUUGGCCAACAAGUUGAAAGAAAAUUGCAAUGUUCGAGGUAUUCCAACGCUUGCAGUAGUUGACGGCGACGGUAAUAUGCUUGACCAGUCGGCAAGAAGUGAUGUGGAAACUGGUCCACCCUCAAAAGCGUUUGAAAAAUGGCAAAAAUUAUCCCAAAAAUAAACGGACAAACACUUGUCGUUCACAAUCUGUCAAGAAGAACUAAUCUUAGUUGGUUGCUAAUCAGUUAAACACACUCGUACAAUAAUUUACAGUAUUGUAAUGUCUUCGAUGCAUGUCUUAGCUUUAUUAAAUUUCGUAAAUGUUU